GCGGCGGUGGGUCGCGUCGGGGGCGCCUCCGGCGGACGGUGGCGGCGCCGGGCGGGGAGGCCGCGCCUGCCGGGGUCGUCGGUGCCCUGCUGAGAGCUGGGGCCAGGGCGGCGGCGGCCUGGGACUCAGGCGGAGCCCCGCGCCGGCCCAAGGUCCCGGCUAUGGCCGCGGCUACCAUCGUCCACGACACGUCUGAGGCAGUGGAGCUGUGCCCUUCCUACGGCCUGUACCUGAAGCCCAUCACGAAGAUGACCAUCAGUGUGGCACUCCCGCAGCUGAAGCAGCCGGGCAAGUCCAUCUCCAACUGGGAGGUGAUGGAGCGGCUCAAGGGCAUGGUGCACAACCACCAGUUCUCCACGCUGCGCAUCUCCAAGAGCACCAUGGACUUCAUCCGCUUCGAGGGCGAGGUGGAGAACAAGAGCCUGGUGAAGUCCUUCCUGGCCUGCCUGGACGGCAAGACCAUCAAGCUGAGCGGCUUCUCCGACAUCCUCAAGGUGCGUGCCGCCGAGUUCAAGGUCGACUUCCCCACCCGCCACGACUGGGACUCCUUCUUCCGCGACGCCAAGGACAUGAACGAGACGCUGCCCGGGGAGCGGCCGGACACCAUCCACCUGGAGGGGCUGCCCUGCAAGUGGUUCGCCCUGAAGGAGUCGGGCUCCGAGAAGCCCAGCGAGGAGGUGCUGCUCAAGGUGUUCGAGCGCUUCGGGGAGAUCCGCAACGUGGACAUCCCCAUGCUGGACCCCUACCGCGAGGAGAUGACCGGCCGCAACUUCCACACCUUCAGCUUCGGGGGGCACCUGAACUUCGAGGCCUACGUUCAGUACCGCGAGUACGUGGGCUUCAUCCAGGCCAUGAGCGCCCUGCGCGGCAUGAAGCUCAUGUACAAGGGGGAGGACGGCAAGGCCGUGGCCUGCAACAUCAAGGUCUCUUUCGAUUCGACCAAACACUUGAGCGACGCGUCCAUCAAGAAGCGGCAGCUGGAGAGGCAGAAGCUGCAGGAGCUGGAGCAGCAGCGGGAGGAGCAGAAGCGCCGGGAGAAGGAGGCGGAGGAGCGGCAGAGGGCCGAGGAGAGGAAACAGAAGGAGCUGGAGGCGCUGGAGCGCGAGAGGAAGCGGGAGGAGAAGGUGCGCCGGCGGGAGCAGAAGCAGAGGGACCGCGAGCUGCGCCGUAGCCAGAAGAGGCUAGAGAAGCUGCAGGCGGAGGAGCAGAAGAGGCUGCACGAGAAAAUCCGGCUGGAGGAGCGGCGGCUGCUGCUGGCCCAGCGCAACCUGCAGUCCAUCCGGCUCGUCGCCGAGCUGCUGAGCAGGGCCAAGGCGGCGAAACUGCAGGAGCAGGAGCAGAAGGAGGAGACGCUGCGGCUGCAGCAGCUGGAGGAGCGGCGGAAGCUGCAGGAGGCGGAGCUGCGGCGCGUGGAGGAGGAGAAGGAGCGCGCGCUGGGGCUGCAGCGCAGGGAGCGGGAGCUGCGACAGCGCCUGCUCAGCCUCCUGCUGAGCCAGAAGGCGGACGGCGGCCCGGGCCCCGGCGAGCGCGCCGUCUCCCACGAGCUGCUGCAGCCCGUGCUGGACAUCCUGCACACCGUGUCGGCCGGCUGCGCGGGCGCCGCCGCGCUGCACCCCCCAGCCGGCCCGCCGCCCCCCGGCGUCGCCGAGGAGAGUGCGCCGCGGCCCGCUAGCGACGGUGCGGCCCAGAACGUGAAUGGGAGCGUCCCCGAGGGGGCCCCGGGCCCGGAGGCCCCGAGUCCGCGCCUCGCGGCCCCCGACGACAGCCCCUCGGAGAAGAGGUGCCCCGGCAUCCUGGCCUGCAUCCCCGACAACACCCAGCAGCCCAAGGGCGCGCCCGCCGCCUGCGACCACAGCGCCGCGCCCAGGAAGGACGCCCGCUCCGAGCAAGACAAGUGCAACCGGGAGCCCAGCGGGGGCCGCGGCCGGGCCGGCGGGGACCGCGGCAGCGGCGGCGACGACAGGCAGCAGCGGGAGAGGAGCCGGCCGCGGCGGGCCGGCAGCCGGGAGGACGGGCGGCCGCAGCACAAGGAGCGGCGGCCCCACCGCAAGCGCUCGCACCCGGACGGCAGCCCGCGCCGGCGCAGCGCCAGCCCCGAGCACGGCCGGUCGCGGCGGUCCCACAGCAGAGACCGGCACGGCCAGCGGGAGAGAAGCCGGGACCGCAGGGGCGGCUCCAGCCGGAAGCGCAGCCGCCACCGCCGCGGCGAGCGGUCGCGCUCGGGGUCCCCCGGCCGGCACCGCAGCGCCUGGAACAGGUAAUGCCGGGCGCCCGGCCCGUGGAGCCAGCGUCCCGCGCCUCCUCCGCGCCCCUCCCGUCCCGCCCGGCACGCCCAUGGAGCCUGUCGGUGAGGACGGCGGCGCCCCCGGGCCCCUGCCCUUCGCGGUCCCAGGCAUCGCCGUCCGUCCGUCCGGAGCUUCAGUUUCCCUUCAAACUCUUGAUCCGAUAGCUUUAACGUCGCCAGUGCUCUGAGAGUCAGGAAAACUGCCCAGGCGGCAGGGGUGAGGGUCGCAGACCCACCGUGCACGUGGAGCGCAGGAUUCGUGCUGACUUCACUGGAGCCACGUGUCUCAGCACUGGGGACGGACCGGUGUGGCGGCCAUGGCCCCACAGGGCCCUGGAAACAGGAAGCGUUGCCCUGGAGGGGUUUUUUGUUUUUUUGUUGUUUUCCCUUUUUUUCUAAGUUUGAAGAUUCGGAAUGAAGUUCUGGUGGAGUGCAUUUAAGUCACCGGCGAGGAGGCUGUGAGUGGUGUAGGAUGGAAACUCAGACCUGCCAUCUUUUAAGCUGUGGGCAGGUGGGGAGGUGGAACGGAUGAUCUGCUGCUCCUUACGUCACCAACAUUCACUUUUUACAAAUCCAAGUCAUUCAGCGUAAAAAAAAAAAAAAAAAGGUUGGUUAAGAUUAGCUUUGGUUUCUAGUGAAGGUUAGCCUGUGUGGUUUUUUUAAGAAGCCGUUUUGCUAAAUUAUUUUUACUUGGAACGUUUCAAACAGACUUAUGGCUGCAAACUUGUUAAAUUUUAUAAUUGUUGGCUUCUCCAAGCGAAGCUCAGAAAUGCUUAAAAAUAGCUGUAAUGUUCGCGUUAGGAGACGUGUUUAUUCCAGUUUGCAUUUUUAUGGUAAAAUAAAAUCCUUUUCCAAUGA